AUGAUAUCAUUAACUUUAAUAAGUGACCGUGUUAGUGAUAAAUUAUCUGAUUUAGCGUUGUGGAAUCUCAAAAGAGCCAAAAAGUUGUUGAAAAAAAAUGAUAUCAAUUCUAAAUUUUUGAAUAACAACAAUUUACUACAAAUAUGUUCCUAUAACGAUGAUGUUGACAUGUUUUGUUAUUUAUUAAACAAUGGGUGUGACUUCAAACAUAUAAACGAUAAUGGAGAUACAUGUUUACAUAUCAUUGUGUUGAAUAACAACUUUUAUUGUUUAGAUAUACUUUGCAGAAAUAAUAUUAAAGAUAUUAUUAAUAUAAAAAAUAAGAAUGGUGAUACAGCUUUACACAUUUCUAUUAAAAAUGGUUUUUAUGAAUCAUUUUCUUUAUUAUUAAAAUAUGGUGUUGAUAUUCUCAUAAAAGAUGAUUUCGAUAUGGAUGCUUAUGAACUGUUAGAUGUUUUCCGAAAAAAAGAAAAAUUUUAUGAUAGCAAUUGUAAUAAAUAUUCCAUCAUGUUCAAUUUAUUAAUAAAUGAGAAAAUGAAAGGUGAAAUAAGGAAAAUAUAA